AUGAAUAAAGCUAAAGGUCGAACAUAUAUUCAAUGUUUUUUUGGUUUGAUUAUAUUUAUUUUACUUCUUUUAUUUAUUUUUCAACAUGAUUUGAAAUUGAAAUGGAUUUAUGAAGAAUCUGCUCGAAUUAAUUCAGUAUUAAUGAGAAGAUCCGAGAUUAAAUUACUUUCAUUAUAUGAAAAUGAAUUGUCUCGUGUAGAACAAGAUUCAUUUAAACCAAUUUUUCAUAAUCAUUAUUUGACAUUAAAAUUAAACUUAACAUCAAUGGGAAAGAAUUAUUUAAAUUAUUUUAAAAAUGAUUCCAACGAGAAAAUUGAUUGUCUUAAAAUAACCUGUUUAAAAAAAUUGAAAAAUAUUAAUGAUUUUCAUCCAAUUUGUCAUAUUUAUUUGAAUUUUCGUGUGACAAUAUUAAAUUUUACAGAAAUAUAUUUGAUAUUUUUAUCAAAAAAUUCGAGUUGUUCAUUAUCAUUAAAAAAUACAUCUGGUUUUAUAUCUCUUGAUAUUCACCAAAUGUUUUUAAUUGAUGAUAAAUUUCGUUUUACUUAUCAAUGGUCGAAUUUUGAUCAAGAAAAAUUAUUCUCUUGGUUUCAAUGGCCUUUAACAACGAAAUGUUUAAACUCGGCUUUGAAGAAUUUACUUGAAAAUAAAAAUCAACCUUCAGAAUUACAUUUCAAUUCUUUUAAAUGUUCUUCUGUAGAUAUUUUAAUUCAUUCAACUUCACGAGAAUUAUUUCUUAGAGAACAAGAAGCUCUUUCAUAUUGGUUUGAUUUGCAAAAUAAUGAGUCAAUUAAUAAAAAUUUUUUGGAUAAAAACAAUAUUUCAAUUAAAACAAGACGUCUAGUUCCAUUUGAAAUAGCAAAAAAUAAUAAAGUAUGUUCAGAAAAAUUUCAAAAUUGGAUUUUAAAUUAUCAAAAAUGGCAUGAAAAUAUUACUUUUAAUAUUAAUAAUCGAUCAAUGACAUUUGAACAACAAUUUCAACGUAUAAUUGAACUUAAUGUUCGUUUUUUAAUCUAUGAAAAACAUACAUCAGGUAUUGCUGAUCGAAUAAUUCAUUUCAUUUCAAGUUAUUUAGCAGCAUUAUUAACAAAUCGAUUAUUUAUAUUUGAUAAAAAUUGGUCAGAAUUUAUAGACAUUAUGCAGUCGAGUUUAAAUUAUCAACCAGAAUCAGUUAUUCCUUGGUUUUCUCGGUUUGAUAUGAUUAAGAAAAAUUUAUCUUUAAACAUUCAAAAUAAUUUAACAAUAAAAGAUUAUUGGUUUUCUUUCGAUCGACACAAUACAGACUAUGAUUAUGAAAAACAUUGUCGUGAACGUAUUCUUAUAUUUAGAGGUCAUACAGGAGGUGUUAUACAUGCAAUAAAAUCAAAUUCAAGUGUCUAUAGGAAAUUUUUAACUAUUGAUCUUGAAAUGAAUCCAGAAAAUAUUUUUGGAUAUAAUAUAACUUCACGUGAUAUUCGUUAUGCUUAUUUUUUGGGAACUUUAGAUGAUUGGGUUUUGUUACAUAAAAAUAUCAAACUAUUUCGAUUAUUUACAAUAAAUGAAGAUAAUUUCUUCGUUCAUAUUGAUGUUAUUUUUAUCUACUUUGGAUAUGAUUUUUCAAUUUAA